AUGACGCAGUUUAUUUAUUUGUUGCUCAGAUGUUACGCAGUCGUGGUAAUCGCCACUACUCUGUUAGCUGAUGCCGCAGCAGUACAGAGCGAUGCACAACAUGCCCUGCAGCAACAGCGAAAUAAACAUAACAUCACGGAUAGGAUUGUAUCUGCAGCCCUCUUUGCCGAACUUGAGGAAUCGGCACGUCUUGCAGAUAUUGCCUAUUGUAUUGGCACGACUGGGAUCCAUAACCCGUUCGGGUGUCUGAGUCAUUGCGAUGAGUUUAAAGGCUUUGAGCUGAUUACGACUUGGAAUACGGGGCCGUUACUCUCAGACUCGUGCGGGUAUAUCGCUUUAUCGCACCCACCCUCCACGAAACGUAUAAUAGUUGCAUUUCGCGGGACGUACUCGCUGACGAAUACUAUCAUCGACUUGUCGGCCGUUCCGCAGGAGUAUGUUCCUUACCCAGCGGAUGGCGACAACGAUAACAAUCACGGAAUGGCCUCCCUCACCGAAACAAGAAAGUGCAAGAACUGCACCGUUCAUGCCGGAUUCUGGACAUCAUGGAAGAAUUCUCGCGACACAGUGCUCUCUGCGGUCACCCAGGCUCGUCUAAAAUACCCGGAUUACGAAGUAAGGCUUAUCGGACAUUCCCUUGGCGGCGCUGUAGCGGCUCUAGCAGGUCUAGAAAUGGACUCGCGAGGACUAGAUCCUCAAGUCACCACAUUCGGAGAGCCCAGAGUGGGAAAUGACAAGAUGGCAGACUUUACCAAUGAGAUGUUUGGCCUUUCGUCGUCUUCCUUCUCCCAAGCAGAAGACGGAGAUGAGGAUGAUAUAUAUAUGCGGUACCGACGCGUAACGCAUAUGAAUGAUCCAGUUCCGCUCUUACCUCUGACAGAAUGGGGUUAUACACCGCACGCCGGUGAAAUUUACAUCUCCAAACUUGAUCUCCCCCCUUCGCGCGAGGAUGUAGAGCACUGCAUUGGGAAUGCUGACAACCGCUGCAUAUCAAGUAGCGAAGCAGAAAAAGAAGAGAAUGUAAUACUAGCUUCUAUCACGCAAGAACAGCAGGUACUCUCAUCAUCGCCUGCUAGCCAAAGGCCUUCCGAUUCAAUAUUACCGUCAUCAGGUCAUGACCAACCACUACCCGAGGAAGGAAAAGAGGAGGAAAUGAAAGCACAAUGGUCCCUAGUACCAACACGCUAUCGAAUCUGGGAACUCUUCUUCGCGCAUCGCGAUUACUUUUGGAGAAUAGGUCUCUGUGUUCCUGGUGGAGAUCCGACCUCAUGGAGAUGGUUGUAA